CGAUUUGUCAUCUCCCGGGGCUGGCGCGAACCAAAACACCGAGAGGCGUUACUAACGAUUUUAGUUUUAAUCCGCAUUUUUAGUGAAUCAUCGACACCCGCCAGCCAGCAUGAGUGCAAACGAAGAACCAGCGAGAGCCGAGUCUCCGGCAGGAGAGGAAGAGGAACGUCCGCCAGGCGCCGGAGAUAUACCGGAGCACGAGAUCGUCAAGAUGGAGGACAUCAUUACGAUCGAUCCGGAAACGACGGAGGUCGAUCUGAACCAUGGCCGGAUCGCCAAGAUUGAGAACCUGGAACCCCUGACCAAACUCGAACGACUCUGCUUGCGAUGGAAUUUGAUAAAGAAAAUCGAAAAUCUCGAUCAUCUGACGUCGCUGCUUGAGUUAGAGUUGUAUGAUAAUCAAAUUACGGAACUGGAGAACCUCGACCAGCUCAUUAACUUGGAGGUGCUGGAUGUUAGCUUUAAUCGUUUGCGCGAAAUCAAAAACAUCUCCGCACUGACAAAGCUGCGCCAGCUGUUUCUGUGCGCGAAUCGUAUCUCUUUGAUAGAAAACUUGGACAGCUUCAGUAAUCUGACCAUGCUUGAACUGGGUGACAAUAAGCUGAGGAAACUGGAAAACCUCGAUCAUCUCACAAAUCUUACCCAUCUGUACAUUGGCAAGAACAAAAUUACCAAAAUCGAAAACCUUGACAAACUGGUCAAGCUGGAGUGUCUCAGUCUGCAAUGUAACCGGUUGACAAAGCUUGAGAACCUCGAAAAUCUUGUCAAUCUAACCGAGCUGUACGUGUCCGAGAAUGGUAUCGAGAAGCUGGAAAAUCUUGAGCAAAAUAAAUUGCUCGAGACGCUCGAUGUGGGCAAAAACCGUAUCCAGCGCAUCGAAAACAUUGGCCAUCUGCAGGCGCUGGAAGAGUUCUGGAUGAACGAUAACGCGGUAUCGGAGUGGUCGUGUGUGGAUCGCCUGGCGGAGAACAAGAAGCUUGCUACCGUCUACCUGGAGCGCAAUCCAGUCGCCAGCGAUGUGAACUAUCGACGCAAGCUUAAGCUGGCAGUGCCUUGGCUGCAGAAGAUCGAUGCCACUCUGUGUCGUUAAGGAUCGCUCCCCACCUCACCCAUCU